GAUCUCAUUUUCUUCUUUCUUUCUUAUGCGAUCCUCUCUCUCGAUCCAAAAGGCGAAUCAACCGCCGAUUCAUCUGAAGAUCGUAAAAAUCAUUCGAUUCAGCUCGUAACCAACCAAAACAGUCAAAUAGCAGCAACCCUAAAAGCUAAAAUCCCUCUAAGAGCAAAAGGGCCACUGGAAAUAAACCGCCAUGAGACCUCGAUUUACUCAGAAUGUCUAUCUGUUGACUCGCUACACACAUCUCCGCUGCUUCCACCAUACUCAUCGCCGAACCUUCAGUUCUUUCCUCAACAAUUUUUGUUCAAAUAAGUUCGGCGCUCGCGCCACUCCUCUCGGCGGCAACAGUGGUGGAGGCGGAACCGGAGAUUCCAAAGGUAAUUCCAACAAAUAUGCUAUGAAGCUCUUGUACGUAGUUUAUAUUAUCCUGAGAUUACAAUUGAGAAUCGUUUAAUUUGCAUCUCCAUUGUUGCAUUCUUCAAUUGAGCAAAAAUGGCUACUAUUCUUAUACUUGGAGCUCUUAAUGCUAGACGGCUCUAUGAAGACAAGAAGAUCGAAGAGAAACGGGAAAGGGGAAUUGAACUUGAGUUCCACCAAGAUGUUAAGGUAAAACUCUUUUUUGCUCUUGUUCUCUUAGUCUUCAAUGUCCAUAAGUUCUUGAAUCGUAAUGUCCUGAGAGCACGAUAGAGUAUAUACCUUGUUUGGAUAAUACUGAUGUGAUCAAGAAGCUCAAAUCGACUAAGCGAGGUGAGAUAUUCGAGCGUCAUUCUCCUGCGAAAGGUAAAGGCUUGAAUUGCUUGGUUCUGCCUCCUACAGGUUACCGUCAUCCAGUUCCAUGGCCUAAAAUCAUGACGAGGUGUGGUUUAGCAAUGUUCUUCGUACUCGGCUUGUUAGAGACAAAGGAGGUCAGAACUGGAUUUCACGAGAUAAGAACAAGUUCAAUCAAUGGCUCUUCUAGGUUAAAAUCCAAUGGAGGAGCAUCUGAGAUGCAAAAAUCUACAAGCUGUUCUAAUGGAAGUGAGACUGUGGAGGGAAAAGAGGUGACAAACGAGCAAAUGGUAUCCGCAUCUGACACUUCAUUGCCUCUUGUGACAGUUCCUUCUCCUCAUUUAGCAAAGAGAAUGGAGUCAUGGAGUCAUGUGCGCUACUGGUCUGUGUGUACAAUACUCUCUUCUGGUCAUGUCUCUUUUAUAUUCACAUUGCAGCUUAUCUAUUUAAGAUUCUCGUGUUCUUACAACUGAAAAAAAGAUGAAACUGGAGAGAAGAAAUUCUGAUAGGGUUCUCUAGUGGAAGGGAGAUUUUGUUUAUAGUCCUUAGUGGAUUGAUUUGAUUAGUUUAAUAUUAAGUAUAUAAUAAAUUUAAUUAUAAGCAACUUAGUAGAGGAUUUCUAGUGGAGU